GGUGCUUAUGAUUUCUCAUAUUAUUGCGUGCCAGUUCGUCAUUAAGUGUGUGUCGAUAUAAAAGGGGGGGGGGGGCGCGAAACAAAAAGGAGUGCUACGUCCUUUAUGGUUAGGUACACAUUGUCGCACUCUAUAUUCUUGCGACGUAAAGGGAUGGCCGGCUCAGGAGGCACACACCAUCAUGUACAUUGAGUAUGUAGCUUACGUAUAACUUAAAUGGCUGCUGCGUUAAGAGUGAAACUUGCUAAAGCGCCAGGUCGUCGUGGCUGCACUAUGUCGAGACAAGUGACCUCCGCUCAACGAGGUUGUCCGUGUUUUCCUAGGACGAUUUCAUUUCAUUAUUAAAUGCAGCGUUUGCAAUGUGUUUUCAAGCGGAAUUUUUCCUGCCCGAAAUGUAGACACUGUUCUGGUUUGUUUAGCGGGUAAGCAUCAAAAGCGCGUGCCGUUCAAUCAAACGAUCAUUAAUCGUCGUGUUACUGGGCGGAUCCCACCCAAAGCGUUUCGUUAACUUUUUUUCCCCUGUUAUGAUAUUUUUCCUGGUUAUUCGUCACUCCAUAUAUCGUACGGCUUUUUCAUUCAGUUCCCUUUUUUUUUCAUUAAAACUUUGCCGCACUCUCUAGCAGCUCUUUUCUGCUUCGGGGUAUAUAGGAAAAAUAAAAGGGAAGGGCAAUCGGAUGAAAGAGAAGAGGAACCUUGAUGGAUGAUGACAACACCAUUAAUACCACUUACAUAAGAAAAACAAGACGAUGGAAUCACGUCCCAUGCGCAAAAAAAAAUUGAACCGAAGAGUUUGCCGAAGCGAGGCCCCCAAAAACGAACGAGCGGAGAUCCGACAUGAAUUUUCAUUAAUACGGAAACAAAAGACUUUCUUUCCUCCGUUCCGAAUAUGCCGAACGAGUUUAUAGCGCAAGCGAAAUUGUUGUAGGCUUGUCCAAUGAGCAGCUUUUGCUGGAGAACAUUCGCCAACCUCUUGGGCGAAAGAAGAAAAACAAACGGAACGAGGAGAGGCGAAUGAGGAAAUGGGUGGAGGCAAAAGUGGCAUUAGGAGGAGGAGUUACCGUCGGCCGGCAGCGCAGAUUGGAGCGCCGUUGCUGCUACUGAGGAUGACGAAGGAAGAGCGGAGGGGGGACCUGCAAAUGAAGUGCAAUGGCCAAGAGAGGAGAGAAACAGAUCUGGGGAAAAAGAGAGAAGAAGAAAAAAGAUCCUUCGGAAAGGAAGAUGAAGAGAUAAAAAUGUGAGAGAGAGAGAGAGAGAGAGAGAAAAUCUGGGAAAGAGGAGGGGCCGGAGGAGGGAGUGUCGGUCGGAAGCCCGGAGCUGCAGCUAGGAAUCCGGCGGUUCUCUCUUUGCCUUGUGUGUGUCUCUGGUCUGAUGCGAAGUUUCCGUUCAAACUUCCGAGGCAAGUGGUCCCAGAUAGAUAGAAAUAGACAACGAUCCCGGCCUGCCGCCAUCCGCAACCGGCUUCUUGUCGAUUCACUCCGUUGCCCAGUGCUCAAGUCGUACCGUUCCGUGCACAUUCUUUUUCAAGUGUUGCAUAGUACGGACAACCCUUUAUCAGCUGUCCUUGUUCUUCUUCGACGCUCGUUUCUCUUUUUUUUUUUCUUUUCUUUUGUUUCAGCACUUCCUUCUCGUCCGCCUCUUUGUCGUUCACCUCCUCGUUGAGGUGAUCACGUUGAAAUUGGCUGCCAGUGUUCCAAUCCGUCCUAACAAGCUCCAACUUCCAAAGCAUUUCAAAGUGCAUCCGCAAUUUAGAGGGGAAAUGAAAUCCGCCGUGUGCUGUUGAACUAUCAACUUGCCUUUUGCCGUCUGUCGUGAAAGUGCUCGAAUUUCAAAGUGCCCGCCCUUAUAAGAAGCCGAGAAGAACCGUCUCGACAACUGUUCUUCCGGCCGCACGAUCCGGUGAAUCUCUGGCCAAGAGAGAUCCGGUCCGCAGGAAACGGAAAGUGCCGUCCAAAAAGGCACCACCUUUUUUUUCUUUUUUCUUGAUUUAUUUUAUUGUUGGGUGCGUGUACGCGUUCUGCCGAGGAACAUUUGGCAGUCGGUCGAUCUUCUCGCUAGACAACUAGAUCAUCGUUUAUUUUUGGUCGGCCAAUUUCUCUGCCCAGAAGAAACAAAAGAAACGAAUUGACGGGAAUGGAUUUCAGCAGUGGCGGACCAGCCUCGACUGGAGGCGGUAAAAACUACAACGUAACAGCGAGUCUCCACCAUCACCAGCAGAUUCAUCACGGAAGCGGCCACAAUCACCCGUCGCAUCACACGUCAUCUCAACAUGCGUUGCAUCAUCACAGCGGCGGCCAUGUCAGCCCGCCGCACUCCCAUCAUCAGCUGGGACACCAAUUGGUCGGCCAAGGUUCGUCUGCCCCGACCGCCACCGUCGUCAAAUCGGAAGAAAGUGCGGCCAACAACAGCGACAACAACAACAUGGCGACCUCCUCGACGACGAUUGCCUCGCAACAGCAGCAAACGGCCGCCCAGCAACUGGCCACGGCCGGUUUCGGUGUCAGUGCAGCGGGAGUCAAUCUUUCGGUCAAUAUCGGCGUUAACAUCACCGGUGUCACACCCGAAUCGGCCGCCGCUCCGUGGGCCACCGCCGCCGCCGCUGCCUACACAUCCAGAUUCCCGACGUUCGCCAGUCCGACCACUUUAGAGCAAUUGAAGCAAAGUAUUGAGCAACAGGCGCAACAACAUCAUCAGCGCAAUGGGGGGGGAGUCAAGAAUUUUUUGGGAGGAUCGGGUCAUGGCGGACAUCAUCACCUGCCUGUACACUCGUCGGCUAUUGGUUCUUCGGUGUCUUCCGGCUCUGUGGUGGCCUCGUCUGGCAAUCAUCACCACCACCACCAUCAUCAGACGUCUGGGACGCUGGGAGGAGGUCCGUCUCAUCAUCACCAUUCUGUGCAUCACCAUCAUCAUCACCAAAACUAUCACGCCGGAGUGGCUGUGACGGCCACAGCCGGCGGCCAUCAUCACAGCGUCGUCAAUCCGGCCAGUUCGGCCACGUCUCACUUCGCCGCUGGAUUCGCCGCAGCCGCAGUGGCCGCGGCGGCCGUCGGCUCCUUACAGCAACACGAAUCCAACGUCGGCGGCCAGCAGAACGGUCUGUUGGCAACAUCGACGACUUCCGCCAAACUCGCCGCUUCAUCCGCUUUGGCCGGCGCUACUGGCAACGUUGAAAAACGCAACAAUCAAAGAAGUAAAGCGGAGCAGUUGCAACAACAACAGCAGCAGCAACAACAACAAUCGAGUCCUUCUCAUCAAUCGAGGACGUCGCCCGAUUUCGAAUCGAAUUACAAGUCGGCCUGGACUUCACCCACCGCUUCACAGGCAUCCGGUUAUGGAUCUCACAAUACGUCGUCAUCGACAGCGCUCACAGUGGUGGCCAAGACGACGUCCAGCACGUCCACCGACAGCCAACACCUGCGUCAGUCAGAUCCGUAUCAAAUGUUUGGUGCCACCAGUAGCAGAUUGGCCAGUUCAGGUUCCGGCCAGAUCCAGCUGUGGCAGUUUUUGCUGGAGUUACUGUCCGACUCGUCGAACGCGGCCUGCAUCACCUGGGAAGGCACAAAUGGCGAGUUCAAACUGACCGAUCCCGACGAAGUGGCCAGACGUUGGGGUGAACGGAAAUCCAAACCCAACAUGAACUACGACAAACUUAGCCGCGCUUUACGGUAUUACUACGACAAGAACAUCAUGAGCAAAGUGCACGGCAAACGCUAUGCAUACAAGUUCGAUUUCCAAGGUCUGGCGGCAGCCACACAGCCGACGCCCACCGAUCCGGCCUAUAAAUACCAAUCGGACUUGUUCAUGACGUCUUACCAUGCCGCCGGAUCCAAGUUCAAUCUGGUCGGAGCUCAUUCAGCCAUGAGCUCGUCCCCAGACGUGUGUUUUAACGUUGGGGCCAUCUUUCCACCACCGUCGCCCUACUGGUCAACUAACCCCGGCGGCAAUCUCAGCGCCGCUAACCUCUAUUCCAAUAUGCCCAUGAGCGCCGGCCACGCCCUGCAGCACCACCAUCACCACCAUCCGGGUCACGUCACUUCUCAUCUCGGCUCCUAUCCGCACUACGCUUGAAAGAAAUAAGAUUAAAAAAAAACGGUUCCAGGGCAAAAAAAAAAUAAAAAAUAAACGAACUUGCAUUUUUCACCUCUUUACAUUCCUCGUCGGCCCUGUUGUCACAUUUCGAUGUUACAUUUUCUGGUGGUGAUGACGCUAUUCUAUUCGUUUCAAUUGGUGUGAUUGACUGAAGUCUGGUGUAUUUAUAUGUUAAAACGGUGCAUUUUUGGAGAUCUGAAUCGAAUAUUUUCACUAGCUGUCACUCUUUGUGUGCGUACAUGCGUGUGUACAUAGUCAAUGGCGAUUCCGAAUUUGAUGCCAACAUGUUAGGCCUGUACCUUUUUCUUCUCCCUGUUGGUUGGAAGCCGCUGCUUUCGAUUUCUGUACGUUUCCUCCCCCCCGCUGUAAGGUUCGUCCUUGCCAGUGUAAAUAGUUUGAUCUCGACCUCAUCGGUUCCCGACGGUUUUAACUUUGUUGAUAUACAAUUCAUGGUAAGACGCGCCGUAAAAGGAUGUAAUUGUUUUCACGUUCCAACUCUUUGAAUUUAGUUCCCAAAGGAAGCCAUUUGCGUCAGUAGCUGUGAAAUAUCCUUGCAAGUGUUUAAGACGAUUGUGACUGAAUCCAUAAAACGAUGUAUUAAUUAUUUAAAAAACAAACAAAAAAACUAGUCGUAAUGUUAUCGGAAAACGUGAAUAUCUAUUUAGGCCUAUACCCCCGUACAACUUGUUUUAUAUUUUGCGAUUCACGGAAGGAUGAUAAUUGAUAUGAAUUUCUGUAUGUAACUCAUUCGUUUUUGUGUGUACAUCUGCAAUGUUUUUGUUUUAUCCCCAGUCGUUCUUAAAUAUUUAGAGGGACCAGGAAGUUCGUUCCAAUUUCCGAAUCGGUUCCUUCACUAUCUCUCUAUCCCUCUGACUGUACUCUACGAUCGUGACCACUCCCUUGAUUAAUCUAGUCCCAAUUUUUGUUUCGUCACGUCUUAUAUAAACCAUUUCCAAAAUGUGUCCCUUUUGUCAUGUAACCGAAAGACAUUAAAGCCCAUCCCACCCCCCGCCCCCCUGUUUGUUUUUCAUUGAAUUCUCUGCGUGGCUAGUCACAUUUUCGUAGUAGAAUUUUUCAGUAAUACGUUUCUCAUCUACUCCCCCUUCUAUUUAAUUUCAUUUUGGUUUUCUAGCCUGAUACGUUAUUAUUAAUAUUAUUAUGUAAUCAAGGCGAUUUAUUACACUACACACACAAGA